GGCAAGAGCGAAUUCAUUCGCCGGCUUUCAACAAGAACGCGUCGGAGAGACGUACAUACACACCACCGUGCUUUCAACGUCCUACGGCUUGAUACGUACUACAUAUAGAUAUAUUUAUUAUUUAUCCUUCGGUCGGAAUAGAACGAGUAAAUCGUGGAAAUGGCCGGGGAAAAGCGUAGCCAGGAACAAGAGGAGAGUAUGCUAUCGCAAACGACGAUCCUGGUUGACAUCGAGGGUACGACGACGAGCAUAAGCUUCGUAAAGGAUACCUUAUUUCCUUAUGUGAGAGAAAAUUUAAAAAAAUACAUUGACACGAAUUGGGACGAUGAUAAAUUUAAACAAGAUUAUCAUAAAUUAAAAGAACAGGCAAAGAAAGAUGAAGAAGAUAAAGUUGAAGGUUUUAUACCGAUUACUGAUAGUAAUCCGGAAGAAGAAAAAGAAUCACUUAUGAAAAAUAUCCUCUGGCAAAUGGAUAAUGAUCGUAAAACAGGUGCGCUUAAGCAAUUGCAAGGGCACAUGUGGCAAGAAGCUUAUAAAACAACAGCAAUCAAAGGACAUGUUUACGAAGAUGUUCCUAAAGCAUUGGAAUCAUGGAUGAAUGAUGGAAAAAAAAUAUAUGUUUAUUCAAGUGGAAGCGUCGAAGCACAGAAAUUGCUUUUCGGCAACUCUGAACAGGGCGAUCUACUCAAGUAUUUUAGUGGAUUUUUUGACACAGAAAUAGGAGCUAAACAAGAGUGUGACAGUUACAAGAAUAUUUUAAGCAAAAUUGGAGAAAAACCUGAUAACGUAAUUUUUCUUACGGAUAUAGUACGGGAAGCUGCAGCUGCUAAAGAAGCAGGUCUAUUAUCUGUUAUAGUUAUACGCGAAGGUAAUGCUACCUUGACAGAUGAAGAAACAGUUGCAUACAUGACUAUUAAGUCUCUCCUAGAUUUAACAUUUCAAACAUCAACAAAGCGUCAAAAAUUAAAUCCUACGGAACCAGAAGAAAAAAAUGAAUCUGUUAAUCCAAAGAGCGGUGAGCCAAUGGAUACUUCUGAGGAUGUAGAAAUGUCUGAUGCUAGUGGAAAAAAAAAUGAAAAAACAGAAAUAACUAAGAGUCCUCAGCCUGAACAAGAGAUAAAAGCUCAGGCAGAAGAAAAAGAUCAAAUUUCAUCUAAAAAAGAUGAAUCUACAAAAGAUAUAAAAGAUAUAGAAACAGUAACAAAUGUAAAACCUGAUGAAAAAGAGGCAUCUAUAGCUAAACAACCAGAAACUCCAACAAAAGUUGGAGUUACUUCAGUGGAAGAUGAUACCAUGGAUGUAGCAAGGAAUGAGCCUAUAUCAAAACCAACAGAAGAUACAAAAGAUACAAAAUCUGAGAUUAUACUUCAAAAUGAAACUGUCAAAGUUGUAAAGGAUGAUAAAAUUAGGGAUGAAAAUGUAUCUGAGAAAUCUGUAGAAAGUACAAGUGAAGAAAAAAAUGAAACGAAAGUAGAGGUAUCAACAAAUAAAGCAGUUACUAGUUCUAGUACAACAGAAAAAAAUAAUUCAGAAACAGAGGAAACAGUAACAAAAACAACACAGGUAUCUACAAAGAUAGAAAAUGCACCUUUACCUGAUGCAACUAAAAAUGGCGAUAAUAUUGCAAAAAUAGACACAGAUAAACCUGCUGUGUCAACAGAGACAGAACUUAAAGAUACUAAAAAUGAUUUAAAAGAUCAAGAAAAUAACGUUACAUCAGAGAAAAGUACAGAAGUUGAAACAAAGUCUGAAAAAAUUGAAGAAGAAUCAAAGAAAGCACAAUCGGAAAAGGAAAAUGUAGAAAUAAAACCAUCUUUACCUAAGGUCGAAAAACAUACUGAAAGUGCUGAAUCGAUAGAACAAGAAUCGAGCAAAGAAUCAGUGAAAGAAGAAACUGUGUCGGAUGAAGUGAAAGAUAAAAGUACAGUGGAAUCUGACAAGAAAAAAUUAAAUGGAACAACACAAAAUGGAGACGAUGUGCCAGUGUCGGAUGAAAAUUUACACAGAAAUGGACUAAAUGAGGCAUCUUCAAGCGAACAACUCGUUUUAACAAGCAGUGAGGAAACACCUGCACAAAAUGAAGAAGACUGACUCUCAGCUUGCCCUUGGACUUAAGUAUAUUAAUAAGAAAAAUAUACGUAUACACGACUUAAGACUACGAUUUUAAUUUACUAAAGUGCUGGAUGCGUCAAUUACUUCAUUCCACUAAAUAAAACAAUUUUCUAUUUAAUGAUUAUAUGCUGACAUACUGAUACACAUAUAAUGACGUUCAGUAAACUAACACUAUUCAUACAGUUGUAAAUAGCAUCACUUAUUAUAUGACUAUACAACGAUGACUGAUUAAAUGGCCCUGGAAAGUCAUUCAAUUCGAAGAUGAACAUAUCUGUCCAGUCAUGGGUAUUCUCUAUUUCUAUGGAAAAAAAAAGAAAGAAAAAAAAAUCAUUACAUUUUCAAACGUUUAAAAAACACGCACGUGUUUCGUGCAUACAACAAAAGAGAUUCAUGUCUAACAAGAUCCAGUUGAUUUUCAUGAUUAGGCAAAUUCUUCAUUUAUUCAUUUAUUUAUCCAGUUUAUCCAGUUUUCACAAAAUUGACUGUGAUUUAACGAUAUUAAUAGACAUAGGAGACAAAUCGAUUCAUUACCCGUAUAUGAAGACUGCCUCCAAAAACGACUAUCCAUAUUGGAAAACUAUAUUACUAUUAUUAUUAUUAUAUUAUUAGUAGUUGUAAUAUUGUAACUAUUAUUACUAUUAUUAUUAUUAUUAUGAGUAUGAUUAUUAUUAUUAUUGGUAGUAAUAGUAGUGGUAAUAUUCUAACUAUUAUGAUUAUGAUUUUUUUUUUAAUUAUUAUUAUUAUUAUGACUAUAUUAAUGUUAUCGAGAUUAAAUAUAACAAUAUGUCCGAUUCAAGUCACUGUGAGAAUUGAAAAGAGCAUAGGCUGUAAGGAGUCAACAUUUUUGUGUCCUUUUUAUAUAUACACACAUAUAUAUAUAUAUAUAUGUAUGUAUGUAUGUAUGUAUGUAUGUAUGUAUAUGUAUACAUAAAUAUAAUUCUUUCAUUUAUAUCUUGCCGGCGACUACGAUAGGGAAUUUUCUAAUGAUCUGUAAAAAAAGAAAACAUUGUGACAUUGAGAGCAUGAUGUGGAAGUCGAUUUGUUUUCAUGCGUAUUACAUAUGUGUAAGUGAACAUUAUAGUCAGAAUAUUUAUUGCGGAACUACACAACAAAUGAAUGCUCUCCUCGUUCGUUUAUAGGAAUUUUAAGAAAUAUGAAUGAUCUUGCCUGUUAAAAUUUAUAAACGAACGAACUCUGUUUACGCCCUGGUUAUUCGAUGAUACAAACCAUGCAUAUUUUAUUUAUCAGAUAUCUUUGCCGCGAUGGUUAAAUAUUCUAAAUGAUUACUACAACUACCAUUGGAUAUAUAAGAAACUCGAAAAAAGAAAAAGAAAAAAAAGAAAAGAAACCAAACAAAAUGUCGAUGAGAAGACAAGAAAAAAAGAAGGCAAAUCUGAAAAAUUCUUUUCGUUGGGCCAAGAGACCAAGAUUUAAUCGAGGCAAUAAUACAAAAAGAUAAUCACA